AUGGAUGAGCAUCAGAAGAAACUCAGUCAAAAGCAUGAGGGAAGACCCCGCAAAGUGAGGUUCAAAAUAUCCUCGGCCUACAGCGGUCGAGUGCUAAAACAAGUCUACGAAGAUGGCCAGGAACUUGAGCCCCCUGCGAAAGAGCGCUCGCGGCGUUUUAUCCGCCACAGCUUCGAGCCGGAGGAUCAUUUUUGUGAGGUUGGGGAAACACCAGAACACAGUUUUUUUUCACCAGCCAAGCUGACUGCCCAAAGGAUCAGUAUAUUCAAAGAGGAUAAGAAAUACAAUCUCACAAGUAACUCUCCUCUCUUCAGUGAGCACCAACCAAGUGAAAGUCAUUGCAGGGCUUCCCCAAUUCUAGAUUUUGGCAAGAUCAUCAUCUACACUAAUAACCUGAAAAUCAUCCGGGCACCAAUGGACCAGAAAGAGCUUGUGAGAAGAAUCAUCCAGACUGAGGGAAUAAAUGAUUGGGCCUUCAAAUACCGGGAAAGGAAAGAAAGAUCUAGUGAUGGACACAGAAAAGAUGUGGAAAAAAAGGUUGCCUGCAACCAGUAUGUGCAGAAAGGAGAUGCUGAACGCAGUUGCUCCCAGUGUAAAGGCUCGGGCUCUGCUCCCUGCUCACUGUGCCACGGAAGCAAGUUUUCGAUGCUGGCGAACAGGUUCAGGGAGUCCUACAGGGCCCUGCGAUGUCCUGCUUGCAACGAAAGCGGCCUGCAGCCCUGCCAGAUCUGUGCUGCGUAG